UAACCAAACCUCUGACAGGUUUAAAUAGGAUGGACACCAGGAGUGGAAGCAAUCCUUUCUUUCAGCUUGAGUGCUCCUCAUGAGCCAGCCCCACCCUCAGAAAAUAUGUUUUCCAUGAGGAUCUUCUGCCUGGUCCUAAGUGUGGUGGGCACAGCAUGGACUACAGAUACCGGUGAAGGUGAAUUUCUAGCAGCAGGAGGAGGAGUGCGUGGCCCAAGGGUUGUGGAAAAACAGCAAUCUGUCUGCAAAGAUUCAGACUGGCCCUUCUGCUCUGAUGAAGACUGGAACGAUAGAUGUCCUUCUGGCUGCAGGAUGAAAGGGUUAAUUGAUGAAGUCAAUCAAGAUUUUACAAACAGAAUAAAUAAGCUUAAAAAUGCACUAUUUGAAUAUCAGAAGAACAAUAAGGAUUCUAAUUCAUUGACCAGAAAUAUAAUGGAAAUUUUGAGAGGCGAUUUUGCCUCAGCCAAUAACCGUGAUAAUACCUAUAACCGAGUGUCAGAAGAUCUGAGAAGCAGAAUCGAAGUCCUGAAGCGCAAAGUCAUAGAAAAAGUACAGCAGAUCCAGCUUCUGCAGAAGAAUGUUAGGGAUCAGCUGGUUUACAUGAAACAACUGGAGGUGGACAUUGACAUUAAGAUCCGAUCUUGUAAAGGAUCCUGCAGCAGGGCUUUAGCUCGUGAAAUAGAUCUGAAGGACUACGAAGAUCAGCAGAAGCAACUUGAGCAGGUCAUUGCCAAAGACCUACUUCCCUCUAGAGAUACGCAACACUUACCACUGAUAAAAAUGAACCCAGUUUCAGACUUGGUGUCCAGAAAUUUCAAAAGCCAGCUUCAGAAGGCGCCCCCAGAGUGGAGGGCAUUGACAGAAAUGCAGCAGAUGACAAUGGAGUUAGAGAGACCUGGUGGAAAUGAGAUUGCGGGAGGACACUCCACCUCUUAUGGAACCGGAUCAGAGACGGAAAGCCCCAGGAACCCUAGCGGUGCUGGAAGCCGGAACCCGGAGAGCACUGGACCUGGAACUACUGGAAACCGAAACCCUGGGAGCUCUGGAUCUGGUGGUACCGGAACCUGGACACAUGGGAGCUCUGGAUCUAGUGGUACUGGAACCUGGACACAUGGGAGCUCUGGAUUUGGUAGUACCGGAACCUGGACACCUGGGAGCUCUGGACCUGGUAGUACCGGAACCUGGACACCUGGGAGCUCUGGACCUGGUAGUACUGGAACCUGGACACCUGGGAGCUCUGGAUCUGGUAGUACUGGGACCUGGAACCCUGGGAGCUCUGGAUCUGGAAGUACUGGAAAUGAAAACCCUGAGAGCUCUAGACCUGGUAAUACUGGAACCUGGAAUUCUGGCAGCUCUGGAAGUGUAAGUACUGGGACUUGGACCUCUGGGAGCUCUGCAACUGGUAGUACUGGACAUUGGAACUCUGGAUCUGGAAGCUUUAGGCCAGAUAGCUCAGGCUAUGGGAACACCAGGCCUAACAACCCAGACUGGGGCACAUUUGAAGAGGUGCCAGGAAAUGUAAGUCCAGGGACAAAGAAAGAAUACCACACAGAUAAACUGGUCACUUCUAAGGGAGAAAAAGAGCUCAUGACUGGUAAUAAGAAGGUCACCUCUGGUAGUACAACCACCACGCGUCAUUUAUGCUCUAAAACUGUUACUAAGACUGUUAUCGGUCCUGAUGGUCACAAAGAAGUUACUAAAGAAGUGGUGACCUCUGAAGAUGGUUCUGACUGUCCCGAGGCAAUAGAUUUAGGCACGUUGUCUGGCAUGGGCACUCUGGAUGAGUUCCGUCGUAGGCACCCUGAUGAGGCUUCCUUCUUUGACACUGUCUCAACUGGAAAAACAUUAGAAAGUUUAUUCUCAUCUAGGUUCAGAGAGUUUGAUGAUGAGACUGAGUCGAUGGACCCAGAAUCUGGCAUCUUUACAGAUACAGGUUCUCAUCACGCUGGGGUUCGUGAAUUCCCUUCCAGUGGUAAAACUUCAAGUCACAGCAAACAAUUUGUCAGUAGCAAGACAUACAGCAAAGGAGGCUCCACAAUUCAAUCCAAGAGCCAUACAAUGGCAGAUGAGGCCUGAAGUGAAGCUGAUCAUGAAGGAACACAUACCACCAAGAGAAGUCAUGCUAAAUCUCACCCUACCAGAGACUGUGAUGAUGUCCUCCAAACAUAUCCUUCCAGUGCUCAGUGUGACAUUUUCAAUGGCGAGCUACCAGGAUCCAGUAAGAUUUCUUCUGUUUAUUGCAAUCAAGAAACCAGUUUGGGAGUAUAGCUUUUGGUCCAGCAAAGAAUGGAUGGAUCACCGAAUUUUAACUGGACCUGGCAAGACUACAAGAGAGGUUUCAGCAGCCUGAAUGACAAGGGGGAAGGAGAAUUCUGGCUAGGCAAUGACUGCCUCCACUUACUAACCCAGAGGGGCUCUGUUCUUAGGGUUGAAUUAGAGGACUGGGCUGGAAAAAAGGCUUAUGCAGAAUAUCACUUCGGGGUAGGCUCUGAGGCCAAAGGCUAUGCCCUGCAGGUCUCCUCCUGUGAAGGCACUGCGGGUGAUGCACUGAUUGAGGGUUCCGUAGAGGAAGGGACCGAGUACGCCUCUCACAACAACAUGCAGUUCCGCACCUUUGACACGGAUGCAGACCAGUGGGAAGAGAACUAUGCAGAAGUCUAUGGGGGAGGCUGGUGGUCAACUGCCCAAGCAGCCAAUCUCAAUGGUGUCUACUACCGUGGGGGCUUCUAUGACCUGAGGAAUAACAGUCCUUGUGAGAUUGAGAACAGAGUGGUCUGGGUUUCCUUUAGAGGGGCAGAUUAUUCCCUCAGAGCUGUUCGCAUGAAAAUUAGGCCCCUUGUGACCCAACAGGCUGAAGGCGUGGGAGUGGGAGCACUCUGUCUUCUUUGCUAGAGAAGUGGAGAGAAAAUAAGAAAGGUAAAGCAGUUGAGAUUCUCUACAAUCUAAAAAAUUCCUAGGUACUAUUUUCUUAAUUUUUGUACUGUAGGCAAAUGUACCUGAGACAUAUUAGUGCUUUGAAAAAUAAAGUUAUAUAAGUUUUUCUUUAUCUUUAAAUAGCUCUGUGGGUUUUAAAAUUUUUAUAAGGAUAUACCAAGGGACAUUCAGUAUAUCAGGAAGGUGUCAGACAGAAGCUUCUCUCUGCAACCUUGAAGAGUAUUGGUUUGAGAACUUGUCUUCCCAUACCACCCAAAGUCAUAAGUCCCUUGCAAGGUAAAAAAGUUAUUUUAUUCAUUUGAUUUGAAUGGUUUUAAACCAAUAUUUUAAGGUAAAGUGCCCUGAAUCUAACCGUAGCUGACCUUUGUAGUAGAAUUUAUGACUUAUAUUUAAAAUGUACAAUUUAUAAUUAUAAUAUGUAUUCAUGUCUUUUGUUAUGGAGCAAAUUGAGGAAGGCAGGAGAAACAUUUUUUCCUAAAUAGAAAUGAAAAUCUGUCCUUUAAAUUCUUCCACUAGACAUUGUAAUGCACACUUAUGUUUUUCCCAGGAUGUAACCAAUUUCUUUCAAAAACACACAUAAAAUUUUAAAAAUAUUUAAAAAACAGACAUAAUUCACACAUUACUGAACAAUCUCCCAAGUAUUGAUUUUACUUCAUUUUUCUAACAACCAUAAACUAUAUUCUGUGACAUGUUAAUUAUUAUUCAGUAUAAGUCGUUAGUUUGAAAGCAUCUCACUAAGUAUGAUCUCUGCUAUAAUUAAAAUUCAACAUAUUUACAUUGGUCAAUAUUUGAUUCAAGUUGCAUCUUUAAUCCUGGUGGCCUUGACCCCUGAUUUUUAAUUUGUAUCCUUUUCUAUUAAGAAAUAUUUGCCAUUUUCUCUUGAACAUGUAUUAAAAUAUCCUCAGUAAUCUAGUAUAACACCCUUUCUUGCAUAGUUUCUAUUCUGACAUAACUGCAUUAUUUCUCAAGGAAGGAGAGACGGAAAGAAGGAGAGGAGAAGGGAGGGAGGAGGAAAAUGGAGGCUAUGGCUAGGGGCUAGAGCCUGGGGAUCAAAAAGGAAAUAUGCAUGACAUAUGAACCCCAGAGUUCAUAUGGGGAAUUGUAAAUUCCUUAUGGGGAAUUGUAAAUCUCUGAUACAAACUAAAUGCUAUACCUUCAAAUAGUUAGAUACUUGGAAAAGAACUUCUUUGGAAUUAAAUGAAGCUUUGUUUCUUUCA